AGCUUCCGUUUAUCUGCGAGGUCAGAGAAGGCUGGCUGCGUUCAGUGGUGCUGUUGAAAAACACGAUGAAAAUGGCGUGGCAACCGCAAGAGGAAGGACUUCGACAAAUCUUGACGCUCCUCAAGGAGUCUCAGAGCCCGGAUACGGCUACGCAGCGAGCUGUUCAAGAAAAAUUGGAAGAAUUAAACAAAUUUCCUGACUUUAACAAUUACCUUAUUUUUGUUUUAACAAAACUCACAUCAGAGGAUGAACCAACAAGGUCUCUAAGUGGAUUGAUUUUGAAAAAUAACGUUAAAGCUCAUUUUUAUAAAUUUUUACCAGAGGUUACAAAUUUCAUCAAGCAAGAAUGUUUAUCAGCAGUUGGAGAUCCAUCACCUCUAAUUCGUGCAACUGUUGGUAUUUUAAUAACUACUAUUGCAUCCAAAGGUGAAUUAACCAGAUGGCCAGAAUUAUUACCUGCACUUUGUCAAAUGUUAGAUUCACAAGAUUAUAAUGUGUGUGAAGGUGCCUUUGGUGCUCUUCAAAAAAUUUGUGAAGAUUCUUCAGAAAUAUUGGAUUCUGAUGCACUCAAUCGACCGUUAAAUGUUUUAAUUCCAAAGUUCCUGCAAUUUUUUAGACAUUCAAGCCCUAAAAUUAGAUCACAUGCUAUUGCCUGUGUUAAUCAGUUUAUUGUUAAUCGUACGCAGGCUUUAAUGAUUCAUAUAGAUAGUUUUUUGGAAAAUCUCUUCCAUUUAGCUAAUGAUGAUGAUUCUGAUGUUAGAAAACAUGUUUGCAGAGCUUUGGUAAUGUUGCUUGAAGUACGAAUGGAUAGAUUAAUACCACAUAUGCAUAACAUAAUAGAAUAUAUGUUAAUGAGGACUCAAGAUCUUGAUGAAGGAGUUGCUUUAGAGGCUUGUGAAUUUUGGCUUUCAUUAGCUGAGCAACCAAUUUGUAAAGAAGCACUUGCACCACAUUUACCCCGUUUAGUACCUAUAUUGGUAAGAGGUAUGAAAUAUUCAGAAAUUGAUAUAAUACUUCUAAAAGGAGAUGUAGAAGAAGAUGAAAUGAUCCCAGAUAGAGAAGAAGAUAUUAGACCAAGAUUUCCAAAAUCAAAAACACAUCAUACACAUCACGCUAAUAUGAAUAAGCACGCAAACGAAAACGGAGGUUGUGAUGAAGAUGAUACAGAUGCCGAAGAUGGAUGUGAUGAUGAUUCAACACUUAGUGAUUGGAAUUUAAGGAAAUGCUCUGCUGCUGCUUUAGAUAUGUUAGCAAAUGUAUUUAGAGAAGAAUUAUUACCAGUUUUAGUACCAAUUUUAAAAGAAACACUUUUCCAUCAAGAUUGGGAAAUCAAAGAAUCUGGAAUAUUAGCAUUGGGAGCUAUAGCAGAAGGUUGUAUGAGUGGAAUGAUUCCACAUUUAUCAGAAUUAAUUCCAUAUUUAAUUAGUUGCUUAAGUGAUAAAAAAGCACUAGUACGCGCUAUUACUUGCUGGACAUUAAGUCGAUAUGCACAUUGGGUUUGUGCGCAACCUCAUGACACUCAUUUGAAACCUUUGAUGACAGAAUUACUCAAAAGAGUACUUGAUGGCAAUAAACGCGUUCAAGAAGCCGCAUGUUCUGCUUUUGCAACAUUAGAAGAGGAAGCAUGCACAGAAUUAGUCCCUUAUCUUGGAUUUAUUCUUGAAACACUUGUUUUUGCUUUUGGAAAAUAUCAACAUAAAAAUCUUUUAAUAUUGUACGAUGCAAUUGGUACACUUGCUGAUUCAGUAGGACAUCAUCUUAAUAAACCAGAUUAUAUUAACCUUCUUAUGCCACCACUUAUUAAUAAAUGGAAUGUAUUGAAAGACGAAGAUAAAGAUCUUUUUCCAUUAUUAGAAUGUCUUUCCUCAGUUGCAACUGCUUUACGGUCUGGUUUCCUUCCUUAUUGUGAACCCGUAUAUAGACGGUGUGUAUCUCUUGUAGAGCAGACAUUAAAUCAACAUAUAGCAAAUACACAAAGCCCAGAACAGUUUGAAGCCCCUGACAAAGAUUUUAUGAUUGUUGCAUUAGACCUCCUUAGUGGUUUGGCAGAAGGUUUGGAUGGUCAUAUGGAACGUUUAGUAAUGAAUAGCAAUGUUAUGCAAUUAUUAUAUCAGUGUAUGCAAGAUGUUAUGCCUGAAGUUAGACAGAGCAGUUUUGCUUUAUUAGGAGAUCUUACAAAGGCCUGCUUCCAACAUGUUCUCCCAUGUAUACCGGAAUUUAUGCCUAUACUUGGACAAAAUUUAAAUCCUGAGUUUAUAUCUGUAUGUAAUAAUGCAACAUGGGCUAUUGGUGAAAUAGCUAUAAAACUCGGGUCUGAUACAAGUGCAUAUAUUCCACUAAUUCUGACACAACUCAUCGACAUAAUCAAUAGACCAAAUACACCAAAAACAUUGCUAGAAAAUACAGCCAUAACGAUCGGUCGCCUAGGUUAUGUGUGUCCCCACGACGUCGCCCCCAUGUUACAGCAGUUUGUCCGACAGUGGUGUACUUCUUUGAGAAGCAUAAGAGAUAAUGAGGAAAAGGAUUCAGCAUUCAGAGGUAUGUGUCAAAUGAUCACUGUAAAUCCAGCAGGAGUUGUGCAAGAUUUUAUCUUCUUUUGCGACGCUGUUGCAUCUUGGGUGACGCCUAGAGAAGAUCUUAAAGGCAUGUUCCAAAAGAUAUUACAUGGAUUUAAAAAUCAAGUUGGUGCGGAAAAUUGGAAACGAUUUUCAGAUCAAUUCCCACCACAGCUCAGUGAACGACUCCAUAAUAUGUAUGGCGUCUGAGCAGCCCCGUCUAAAUAUGAAGGCCGCUUUAAGGGGCAGGCCGAAAGGGGUUGGGCGGGAAACAGAAUAAUGGGUGGACAGGGUGGGUGGGUGAAACCACGGCCUCUUCUCAUCAACAUCGUUGUCGUUAACGUGUUAUGGUCAUCGUCAGGCUCUUGGGGGAAUUAAUAUGCGUUAUUAGAGCUACAGUCAGUAAGCGAUAUAAAUGAAAAAUCGAAAUGAGAAUGGAACAAAGAAAAUGAGAACGACAAAAUAAAUGUCAUGGGCCGAAAUGUAACGCGUGGGUGGGCGGGUAGGGGGGCGGGAGGGAGGGAGGGAGGAACUGUGUUGGGGUCACCGACCACUUUACAGUAAAGGUAUCGUAACUUCGACGCUAAAUCGCAUUGCAAAAAAACAGAAAUGAUACCUUAACGUAGUGAAAACCUACACGCUGUACACUCCGUUUCCAUUAGCGCUGUAUAACACUAUUCAGUGUUUAAUUCUCGCGUAUUGAAACGAGACAAGAAGUGCUGGUAAAUAACUAGCCCAGCUCUUAAACGAAACUUCGACUUCUCAUAUGUGCGAAUGGCAAAGAAUAAACAAUGGAAAAAAGGAGAAGUAAUAACCAAAAUAAAUUAAAAAAAAAAAAGAGUAUAGAUCUCACGUUAUAGAGCUUGCUAAACUACUGUGAUCGAACAUUUAUACAUUAGGAUAUUGAUUUUUUCUUUUUUUUUUCUUUUUUUUUUUUUUUUAUAUAAAGAAAGAUAGAGAGGUGCCUCAUUCUAUAUUUGAUGAGUUUUCUAGAGCUUAGAUGGUGGUAGUAAUACUUAUUUGAUAUAAAGCUAAUGAAUAGAGAAAUAUGUAAUUAGAAAUUUCAUAGUGUACAGAAGGUUUUUGAGAAUAUGUAUUUUUAUACGUUAAAACUCAAUAUAAAUGCAGAGAAAGUGCCAUUCCGUUCGUUUCGAACCAAAAUUUUUCUGCUUACUUUAUUCUCUCCUUGCUAAUUGUGAUAUUAGGUUAUAUGACACUUUGUCGUCAUGUAUGAAUGAAACAUAUUUCAAAUGGAUCAAUAUAUACAUACAUAUAUAAAUAUGUAUCUAUAUAUUGCUCUUAAUUAUAUAUGUCGAAUAUAAUAUUUUAACCCACAGACCAUUUUGUGAUUAUUUUUUUGUUAAAAAUAUUAAAUUAGGAUCAUAUUAGCUGUUAGUGUAAAUAGAUAAAUACAUUUUAGAGUGAAAGUUUUUGUUAUCACUAUAGAUAUUUCAAAUUUUUUGCUUGCAUAUCACCUCUUAACAGGUUGACGUUAUAUAAAAUAAAAUAUGAGACGAAUAUAGUUUGAAUAUGAUUUGCAGGUAACGAUCCACAGAGUUUUGAAUCUAUGACGUGAAAUCUAUCGUGAUAUAAAGAAAUUUUUGUCAUGUGCACCGGUACACGCUGAUCUCCAUUUCAUUUUUAAAUAUCUUUUCGCGUUAGUAGCAUGUUUUUAAAAUUAAAGCGCUGACUGUGUCAUUCCAGUCCAGUUUUUGGGCCAGUUCAUAAAACAAGUACUUUUUAUUGAAAAAAAAAAAAAAAAACAAGAUUGCGUUUAUCAUCGUUGUUUUUGCUGGUAAAAGAAAUUUCGAAAACGAAAUAUCGAAAUUGUGAGAAACGCGUUUAUGCAUCGAUGACAAGAAACGAUGAACAAAAAAAUAACAAAUUGUAUUAACGAAUAUCGUGAAAUUUGUAACAAGAAAAUCACGAAAUCCAUUUCUAGAACUUUUAUGAUGUAAACUGUAAUUUUUAUUUUUUCUGUUCAUUUGUCAAAGAAAAGAAAAUGCUAAAAAAAGAAAAUAUGAAACAAGUAAAGAAAAUCGCUCAACAUGUAGAUGAUGGAACUAAUUUAAUCGUCGUUGAGUCACUGUUGUCAAUCAAACUUUAUUAAUAAAAAAAAAAAACAAACAAAAAAACAAAAAAAAAAGCAAAAAAAAACAGAACUGGCAGGAUGAACUAGCGCAGGCGAGAUUAGAUAUUUAAAAAAAAAAAAAAAAAAAGAAACGCGUUGAAUCUGUUGCACAAUCGUAAUAAGCGAGACGAUUUUUUCGGCCAAUUUGAGACAUGUUUCAAGCCGAACGAUUUCCAUCCGCUCGAUCAAAAAGUACAGAUGCCAUCAUAUAGUCACAGCAACGCGUGUGACAAGUACAAUCUGACAGUGAGAAUAUUUUUUUAUCGUCACCAUAGAUUAAACGAGAAAGAAAUAUAUUAUUUUACUGUUCUAUUUCUACUUCGACGAGAAAACGAGAAAAAAGUAUCACGUGAUCACGAGAAAUGAAACAUACAGUCUGUUUUCGUCGUUCUGAAUGGAAAAGCAUAAAAGUAAAAGUAAAAAAAAAAAAAAAAAAAAGAAUAAUAAUAAUAAUAAUGAGAAAGGAAAAAAGAACCGUGUUUUGCGUAGAGAACAGAAAAAUUUAACAUAUAUAUAUAUACAUAUAUAUAUAUAUAUAUUCGUGGCCGCUCCUUUGACUCGAUCCAUGUUUGUCAAUUGGCAAUUGUCAUAUUGCCAUUACUCUUUAUCCCAGUUUUGGUCCUUUCCUUGCUCUGCCUGCGCCAUUUUUGUGAUAUUACUAUUUUUUAUAAUUACUUAAGGGCUUGGAAGUAAACAAAAGUAUAAAGAAAAAAAAUCGAGCCACGUGCAAUUUCUCGACUUGAGUCUGCAAAUUUUCUCUAUCUAGAUUUCACAGAAAUAUUUGAAAAAGUAUAUAUAUUCAUUAUCAUUAUUAUUCUUAUUAUUAAUAUUAUAAUUAUUAUUAUUAGCAGUCUUAUUACUAUUACCUGUUUUUAUUAUAUUCAACAUUGUAUUGUAAAUAAUACAUACGAAACAAACAUCAUUGCUAAGAUCAUUUUUUCACUUUGUCACUUAUCUCUGUCGCUGAAUUGACUAGUGUUUAAAUAAUAUAUCCGAUUUGAUGCAAACAUACACACAAAAGCACGAGAUAUAUAUUUAUAUAUACAUAUAUAUUUUUUAAAUAGUUCCUAAGCUAGAGAAUGUUUUUCAGUGAUACACAAACAAACACACAUUUAAAUGGACAUUUACAUGAAAUAUAUUUAUAAUAGAUCUCUCUCUCAGGUUUCCCUAUUCAAUUUUAUACUUACAAUUAAAUGGAAUUUUCGAUAAAAGAAUGUUUGAUACAUAUUGUCGUAGUAGCAUCCUGUGUAUCAUUGUAAAUAUAUGGUACUAUGUAUAAUUUGUCGAGUAAAAGAAAUAUUUUGUAAACGACUUCCGUCGAGAUUUCACGUGGCUCGCAAAUUAUUUAUUAUUAUUGCUCGGAACUUUCACUCAAUAUAAGAACAUGGAGAAAAUUUAUAAUGAAGUACGACAUAUGAAUGGAAAAUAAGUAGUGUCGUGAGCAAAAAAAAUAAAAGAAAUAGAAUCGUCUAUUUAUACAUAAUAUUAUAUUAAAAUAAAUUAAUUAUAAAAAAGAGAGAGAGAGAGAGAGAGAGAAGAAGAGAAGUUGAUUGAUAUUUGACAAAUUUCCAAGUUUUUUCUAUUUGCAAAGAGAGAGAGGGAGAGAGAGAAAGAAUAGAAGAAUGUGUGAAAAAAAUCCAGAGAAUGAUUGCGAAAGCGAAUAAAUAAACAUAGAAGAAAAAAGUGAAAAUGAAUAAGUAAAGUAUAAGUAAUUAAAUGAGACAAACAUAAGUAAAUAUAUUGUUGUAUCUUUAUUGUUGUUGUUGCAUGAGACUAGCGUAAUAGACUGAGCCAUUACACGUGGUUAAAUAACUAUUAACGUAAUAUUUCUUAAUUAAUACUAUAUUAUUGUAAUUAUUAUACGAUGUGUAUUAUAUUUAAUCAUAAUGUUUCGUGCGGGCAGUGUUCGGAGGGAGUUCCCAUCCUUUAGGACAUUUUUAAAAAGCAUGUAUUCACUUACUUAUAUAAUAAUUAGUAGCUCUGCCAUUCUUAAUCCAUGAUAGCCUUUUAUCGUAUUGUUCUCUAAAAAUUACAACGUUUUUUAAUUCUGGAUUACGUUUUAAUACGUUAUAUAAUAUCAUGGUCCACGAUUGAUUAAUUUAAUUUCUUAUAACGUGAUCAAUCAUGGCCAAAUCAAAUGUUAUUUUAAAUUAUUAAAAACGUAGACGUGAUCCUAUAUAAUACCUUUAUAUAUAUAUAUAUAUAUAAUAUAUAUGUAUGAGUGUGUGGUUGUUUGUGUGUGUAUCUGUGUACGCACGUAUGUUGUGUGGUGUGUACAUAUAUAAUAUAUGAAUUUUCCCAUUCCAAUCGAGAAGUAUAAAAACGCGUGUCGUAUAAGUAUUCAAUUUUUUUCCUUUGUCAAUUUCUCGUUUGUUAACACGUUCAGGACUGGCUCGUUUAUUGUUGAAUCAUGAUCGAUGCGAUGUCCACGAAUUACUUAUCCAUUACUCGUGUAUGGAUGAUUAAACAAAAUUAAAAGAUUGUGGAUUAUCGCAUUCUUUUUCUAUCGUCUUUUAUAAAGAAAAAAAAGAAAGAAAGAAAGAAAGAUGCAUGUAUAUUUAAUAAACGCUCGUUGAUAAACUUGUUGAAUCAACCGAUGAUCCUAAACGUGUUGAACGAUUGAAAUAUUGUAUAAUAAUAAUCCAAUGUAAGGAUAAUAGGCAGAAAGGAUAUGGCAUGAUACACAUCUUAUACUUUUAAUGAUGAUAAGAAAUGUAGGUUGUCAAAUCCUUCUCGAUUGGAUCGCGUGAACAAAGAAGAGAAAAAGAGGAGAUAGGUAAAGAAUCUUUUUCUUUCGCCUAAAGGAUCGGAACUUCGUGGGGCUGUUCCUAGUACCUGAUUAUCCUAUCCUUGCGGCACGAAAGCUCUUUUCUUUCCAAUGACGAAACAAAAACGAAAAAAAAAAAAACAGCAACAAGAAAAACCAUCCUCGUGAUAAUCGAGUUCUCUGUUCUCUCGCGUCUCGCAAGCGCCAGCGAAUUCCUCUGUCCAGUGUUCACACUCGGUAUAGAGAAAGAAAAAAAAUAUCGUAAAACGGUGUUCUUUUUAUUGUUGCAUACCUUGACUGCCUAGUACUUAAGUAUACAUAAUACAUGCAUAUAUAUAUGUAUACAUAUGUAUACAUAUAUACAUGUAUGUAUACACAUUAACACAUCUGAUAGAUAAAGAAAACUCGAGAUUAGAGAUCGCAAAAAAAAAAAAAAAAAUGAGUUUUCUUCGCAUGAAAUUUUCUUAUAAAUAUUGAAUAUAGAGAGAGACUGCUCUUCGUAAUUUUUCUUCUUUCUUGACACGUUAAUACGCAUACACAUGAACACGAUGCUUGUCAAGGUGCAACGAAAGGUGCUGACGAAUGCUUGUUUGCGAAAUUUUUGUACGUUGAAAACGUGGAAAACGAAACUUUUCAACUCGUUCGUUCUCCUCGACCUCGGUGCGAAUUUCCAAUUCUCGCACGACAAACGGAAAGAAUAGAGGAAGAGAAUGAUGGUCGCGAUGGCGGAAGUGCGAACAAGAAUUCAAGAAAAGGGAAAAAGACAACCAAAAAAAUAAAUAAAGUAAAAUAAAGCGAGUGAGAGGAAACGAGGUGAAAGUGAUGAAAAAAGCCGAGAGAAAACUUCGAAACACGCCACUCUUGACUUUUUAUUCAGUAUUGUAAUAUCGAUAUGAUAAGCUUCUGGCAAUCGUCUCAUUGUGAUCGGUGAAAAUCUUAUUUUAAAUGCUAUAUCGUGUUUGACACUUUAUUACUAUUAUUACGAUUAUUAUUAUUAUUGUUGUUGUAAUCAACGAACGGAAGGAUUUAUCGUUCGACUUUUUAUCGGUAGGAAUUGCGAUCCUCGGGGCCCAGAAUCAAAAAAAAAAAAAAAAAGAAAAGAAAAGAAAAGAAAAAAAGAAAGUCGGCUUUUUAUUGUAAUACGAAGCAAAAAAAGAAAAAAAAAGACAAAAAUAAGAGUAAAUAAAGAAGAACAAAGAGGAAGAAUAUUAAAAAUAAAUAAAUAAAUAAAUAAAUAAAACGAAGCGAAAACCAAACAAUAACAAAAAAAAAUGGAACAAAAGAGAAGCCAUAGAGAAGAAAAAGCGUCACGUGAGCACGCAAAGACCGUUUAGGAAGAUGUCGAUCAAAUAGAUGCGAAUAAUUUCUAUUUUUCAUUUUCUCUACGCGUGUGUUUCGCAUUUACGAAACAAUAUUACGAGAAGAAAUAAUCGUGGCGCGCCAAGAGAACAUUGGAUUGUCACUUUUCUUUUCGUUCUUCUAGCGUUAAGAAAUCGAAGAUAUUCUUUAUGAUCGAAGAAGUGUAUCGUUGCGUUUUACGAUUAUCCUCCACUGUGUGGAGGAAGCAACCAAGAUCCUCCGCUCGAGAGGAGCAAUAUUCUGAUCCAGUCAGAGACCUCCAUUGCUCUCCUCUUCGUCGAUACACGAGUAAUAUUGUACCUCGACAUAUGCACGCGCACAAAAUCGAUCCGUCUCUCGAUUAUUUUCUCUUGGCUCUCUGUGUGCUACGUGACCAUGCCAUUGGAAAUAAAUCUUGAGGAAUAAUAGCAUAAAAGACAA